GGAGGAGGAGGAGGAGGAGGAGAAGGAGGGCCGGACCAGGAGGAGUAGACCGUCAGCUCCGAGUCUCUCCGACAGACACGUUCACCGAGUCUCAGUUCACCGGGUCCGGUUCAGGUUGACGGACCUUUGAGACGCGGUUCGAACUUGACGGACCUUCGUGACGAGCCUCUGUCCUCGUGACGAGCCCCUGCCGGAGCCUCGUCGUCAUGGCUUCUUCCCGGAAGAGGAACCGCCUGGUGGAUAUCAACGGGGAGCAGGUCGGAGCGCCGCCCGCCCGGAAGCAGGUCCGGGCGGGCGGGCAGCGCCACGUGGCGGCGCUGAUCCUGGCCCGGGGCGGGUCCAAGGGGAUCCCGCUGAAGAACAUCAAGAUGCUGGCGGGAGUCCCGCUGAUCGGCUGGGUGCUGCGGGCCGCCGUAGACUGCGACAUGUUCGACAGUGUCUGGGUGUCCACUGACCACGAUGAGAUUGAGAAGGUGGCGAAGUCGUGGGGUGCCAGAGUCCACCGCAGGAGUCCUGAGGUGUCCAAGGACUCGUCCACGUCCAUCGACACCAUCCAAGAGUUCGCCAGGCUCAACCCGGAGGUGGACGUGUUGUGUAACAUCCAGGCCACGUCCCCGUGUCUCCACCCGUUCCACCUGAAGGACGCGCUGGAGAUGAUCACAGACGGCGACUUUGACUCCGUCUUCUCCGUCGUCAGGAGACACCACUUCCGCUGGAAGGAGGUCGAGAAAGGAUCCGGCGAGUUGACCACGCCGCUCAACCUGGACCCGGCCAAGCGCCCGCGGCGCCAGGACUGGGACGGAGAGCUGAUUGAGAACGGGUCGUUCUACUUCACCACCAGAGACCAGCUGCUCAACCAGGGGCUGCUGCAGGGAGGGAAGGUGGCCUACUACGAGAUGCUGCCGGAGUACAGCGUGGACAUCGACGUGGACAUCGACUGGCCUGUGGCCGAGCAGAGGGUUCUCCGGUACGGUUACUUCGGCCGGGUGAAUCCAGAGGUGGUCCGUCUGAUGUUCUGCAACAUCUCCGGGUGUCUGACGGAGGGACGGAUCUUCCUGUCGGUGUCCGGGGAGGACAUGAUGUCCAUCAACACCAGAGACACCGCCGGCGUCCGCAUGCUGCAGAGAGGCAACGUGGAGGUGGUGCUGCUGACCUCCGACCUGGACCCGGUCUGCCAGGCGCUGGCCGACAAACUGUCCCAGAGGACGGGCUGCCAGGUGGUGACGGUGGGGGAGGAGCCCCUGGACACUCUGAGGCCCCUGGUGGAGCAGAGGAAGCUGGACUGGAAGGAUGUGGCCUAUAUGGGAAGUGACAAACAGGAUGUGAAGUGUCUGAACCUGGCGGGUCUGAGUGCAGUUCCUCGGGAUGCUCCCACCAUUGCCAUCAACGCUGCUAAGUACGCGUGCCGCAGCGCCGGAGGCCUCGGCGCCGUCAGGGAGUUCGCCGAGCACAUUCUGCUGCAGAAAGAAAAAGCGAAGGCUAAGGUCGAGCAGCACCGCAUCGACCGCCGCAACUUCUAAAGCUGAAUAUUCACAGAAAUCAGAGCAGAGAGGUCGGAGGGUCGGGAAGCACACGCUAAAAAAUAAUGGAAGGAAUCAAACUGCAUGUAAAAUAUGGCUGACAUGCAUAUUUAGUUGUAGUGGGGCAGCUCAG